AUGCAGGGAACAUGUCAUGACCAAAUGCGGGAUCUGAGAACCUGCAAAGCUGCAAGGCUUACGCGUGUCAUCUUGGGUAUAUUUACCACACUUAUCUCUGGCGUCUUCGCACUCAGCCCUCAGCCCCAGUCGUCUUCAUCCCCUCCUCCUCUACCCGUCAUGGACAAUGUUGGGAACGCAGCGAAUAUCGCCGCUCUUGUGAGUUUGCCGCAGUUGAUCACCCCAAUUAUCAAGUACUGCUUGGAUGUUGCUGGUGCAGAGAGGGACUCGAUUCGUUUGAAGGAGAGUCUCGAAGCGUGGACUCCUCUUAUCAAUACCACGAAGCUAUGGGUAGAGCGCUGCGAGGAUAUGCCUGAACCUGUCUCCUCUGGUACCGUUCAGACCAUGCAGAAUGCCUUAUCACAGUGCGAGGCCUGGCUGCAACCUGUCUACGAAACCAUACAGAAGACGAAGACACUUAGAGGCAGACUACAAUGGCCGUUCUCUACUGCAGACGUAAACAAGCUUGUGGACAAGCUGGAAAAGCAAAAGCUCAUCCUAGUGUUGGCUUUGAACCUUGACCUCAGCGAGCGUCAAGCAUUCGGAAACGUGCUCCAAAGAGUAAGCCUUCAAGCACUACACGAUAAAGUACACGGAGCCUUAGAGGAGUUCAACCUCACCCAUAGGAACACAGUGGCGAUACGCGAACUGUUAGAAAACAACCUUGCCAUCUUCGCCGCGAAUCAAGCAAAGGAGGCCAUUGACCAGAAUAUUGGCGCCAUAAUCAACUGGCUGUAUCCCCUGGACUUCGCUACUAAGCUUCAGACUACAUUAGCACAGAGACAUACGGACACGUGCCGCUGGUUUCUGGAGGACGCAAGGUUCACACAUUGGAGAAAUUCACCCAGCUCGGUCUUGUGGCUUCACGGAAUCCCCGGGAGUGGAAAGACAGUGUUAACGUCUACCGCCGUCGACCAUCUCAAACAGUCCGGUGGCAACGACGAACUCGUUGCAUAUGCUUAUUUUGACUUCCGUGACAGUAGAAGCACCGAUCCCGUCGCCGUCUUCCGCACUGUCUUCGCUCAGCUCAUUCGAACCAUUGCAAAGGCAUCUGAAGGCCUCUUCAACGAACUCUCGGAAAUGUGCCACGACGGGAUAUCACCUCCGUCCACGAUUCCUGCUUUGCGAGAGCUGAUACGAAGGGCAGCGAAUUCCACGUCCAUGCCUCGAAUACUAGUGGUGAUUGAUGCUCUCGACGAAUGCAAUCCUGAGGAGAGACACAAGAUCUUGCAGCAUGUCCCGAAGCUUGCGACAGAGGAUAAUAUUUCCGUAUUUGUGUCCAGCCGGAAAGAAGAAGACAUUCGCUUCCACCUAUCAUCGGUCACUUCUAUCUCCCUGAACGAAGAAAUACGUGUUAUCCAGGACGAUAUCAGGAAGCAUAUUGUGACCGAAAUUAGUAAUAGGGCCAACCUUGCCGAUUUGAGCAAACGGCGUAAAAAGCAAAUACGCGAUACCCUUCUAUCGAAAUCACAGGGAAUGUUCAGAUGGGUGGAAUGCCAGCUCGAUUACAUGAACACUCUGAGCAGGCUCUCGGAUCUGCUCAUGGCUCUCGGAUCCCUCCCCAAAGGCCUUCACGAAACCUACGAGCGGAUACUGGAGCGAAUCAUCAACGACAAAAGGAAGGAGUCUCGUGUGGUGGCUCAGCGAGUUCUGGGGUGGAUCAUAGGCGCACACCGUCCCCUCACCCUCACUGAGGUCGAGGAAGCUAUCAAGAUUGAAGAAUUUUUGCUCUCCCAUCAUCUGGAGCAUACGACAUUGAGGGACUAUUUCUUUGGGUCACUAUCCACUUUACAGAAACAACAAGGGCUGGCGGUUUUCACCUACCUUCUGCAUCGCUCGCUCGAGCAGCCUCUGGACGUCGAUGAAUUCCCUGACGACAGUGGAGCGUGCGAGAUUGGUAAUGAAGAUUGGGAUGAUGACGAUAGUAGCGAUGAUCGACGGAUAAUCUGGACCGAAGAGGUCGACUCUAGCGAAACGGACAGCGAUGAAGGCAAUCACAGUCACACCACGGGAGGGGGAGGGCAGCUGGUACGCCAUCGGAAAGUUCAAUAUGGAGAUGUUGGUAAUGGGGAUAUAAGGGAAGAGGAAGACGACGAGGGCGGGGCAGGGCAUGGUGUAAAAGGGAUAGACGACUCGGAUGACGACGUCGACUGGGAUAACCGCUGGGAUAACGACUCGGAUAACGACUAUGACCUCCCCGGACGUCCUUUUCUUUCGUACGCAGCGUUCAGCUGGCAUCUCUACGUGGCGGCCUGCGAGGAUGACACUCCUGGACGUGAACUCAUCCUUCUUCUUGACAAGUUUUUGUUUCAUCCGACAUUCUCCACUCGACUCCACCUCUGUCAGCGCAUUGCUCGAGCGCACUUUGAUUACUUGGUCAUCGACCGUGACAGAGAAAUCUCUUCGCCCUUCACAUGGCCACUCGCAUAUGGAUCACACUUCGUUAUCACCCAACUUCUUCGGCGAAAUCCUGAACUACUUCGCCAGGAGCUACAUCAGUUGGGCAAACCUCUCAUGGUCGCAGCACAAUACGGGAACCUGGAAGCCAUCGAAGCGUUGAUGAGUAUGGGUGCUGAAAUCACCGAUUACGCCCCUAGCAUACAUCUCGUCGAUGUUGUACGCCCACAUUACCAGCUGCCCCCGACAUAUCCUCCUGUCACCGUAGCCCUACGGUUCAACCAAUUCCAUGCCGCUGAAAUGCUACUUCGCAGCAUAGACCUGAAGAAUGAGCCGUCUUUCGUUGCGGAACAUACAGCCCUUCACUCUGCCGUUCGUGCCAAUCGCCCCGAUACUAUCCUCGUAAUGAUUUCACGCGGUGCAAAUGUCAAUAUCAGAGCAUGGAAUGGUGGUACCCCACUUCAUUAUGCAUGCAGUAUUCCUGCAAGUCCGGACUGUGUUCGCACAUUGGUUGAAGCUGGUGCCAAUGUCAACACACCAUCAUUCAAUGGCACAACACCGCUGUCCCAGGCUGUCAGGAGCCAGUCCAUCAUUAUUGUUCAGUACCUGCUUGAUAAUCAAGCGCGGGCCGAUGAGGCAGGAUUCAUUUCGGACGAAGAAAUAUCCUGGGCGAAAGACGAGCCAUGGUACACAGACGUGUACUCCGCAAGCCGAACCCACUCUGCCAAUCGGAGGACGUACUAUUCUCCGGGAGACAUUCUCGACAUUGCUCGCUCCCUUCGACGUCUUCCCAAACACUUGAUCCGUGCUAUCUUCGAUAUUGCCGAGUGUUGGGUCUGUUUACACGAAGAACGGAAUGAUUUAGUAGAAGUAACCGAGGUCAGCGAGGACGAGCCCUACCUCUCACUGCCUAUCGUGGGUCAACAGGAUUACCCGCUUCGCGAAGUCAGAUUUAAGACCAUGUCUCAUGAUCAAGGUUGGAUGAGCUUUUAUGAAGAACUGCAAGGAACAUAUCACGGCAGCUACACAUGGUUCGACGCCGGGGUCGACACAGGUACCAUCAGCCUCCCUCGGAGACGUAUUCAAGUCAAUAUUGCGGGAUCAUCCACAACUCGCACUCAUACCAACAUUUGGUCGUACAAAGACCGUUCACCUGAUUCUCUUCAAUGGUUCAACAGUGUCUCCAGCGGGAGCGUAUUGUCUGUAAUUCCGAAGGCCCUUUAUUCUGGCUGGAAGAACUAUGUUGUCAGUGUGAGCGUUGAAGUGUUCACAGCCUUCUUCUAG